GAAGGUUAAUCGACUUGUCACAGAAAGGUCAUAUCUCCUUUGUACCUUGAUAAUUUUAUCUGAUGAGUUUCGUCUUUGAAGCUCGACUAAUGCCGUUCGGAAGGAUCACUGAGAAGCUAGCCACUUCUGCUCUAGACUUCCUGGGCGGCACUGAUAGCGAGUCUUUCAUAGAAUUUCAGAAAAUGCCCUUAUGGAACCGUUGCAUGUUGGCUGUCGUGAUUCCAAUAGUUUUGCAGAGACACAAGACUCAGUAUCAGGACCAACGGGGGUACCUUAGUGACAAGAAAGUAGCCUCGGACUCUAUUGAGGCAACCAAGGUCACUCAUAAUGAUCUUGAGGUUGCCCUAAGGAUAGUUAGCGCUCUGGAUGAUCUUGAAGUCACCGCAGAGCGUAUCAAAAGUACAUGGGAAGAUGAAGGGGAAAGAUGCGAUCUCGGUCUUUAUGAUGAGAUUGACACUACACACAAUAAUAAGGCUCAUCAAAGGCCUCGAGAUCAUUGUACCGAGGAUGAUAUCUGCACCGAUGGGAUGCUGCAAGAGCAUAUAGGGUCGGAUGUCUCUUGGUUGUCUUCAUGCAGUAGUGACAGUAGCACAAUAAAAGCGUAUAAUGGGCAUAGUUAUCUCAACAAAAGUAACGAAACUCGUGAAAAGGAGGAGGUUGACAUCGCCAUGUGUUUCAAUUUGGAUGGGGUAAGUAUUGGGAUGGGCAAUGCAAGCCUUUUUGGUGGUCAUGGCUACCACCCACUACAGGCAGAAAAGUAAGAACGUUAAAUUGAUAGUAAAAUGAAGAUUGUGUAUGUGUGAGUGGUUCCGAAGGGGGAUGAAGCAGGUUCAAGCAUCUUACUCUUUCUGAAAAGAGACCUACAGAAAAACACUAACUAGUCAACAGCAUUUACUUAAGCUACUGCUAUUAAUACAAGUAGUUAAAGGGAUAAAUGCUAGCCGGGUUAA